GCCGCAACGUCAUUCUGGCUAGCCUCGUCGAUUUUGCUCUAGCUCUCGACAACUCUCCCUUACAACUAUCUCCCAUUAUCGAUAACUGUAGAUGAGCGCAUUACAAUUGCCUCGCUGGCUGAUUUUACACCCAGCACAAUAUGACCCUGGAAGACUUUGAGAAGUCGCUCGCCGAAAGUCGCUCGCAGAGACAUUCCGAGAGCCACACGGACAAGGAUCGUUCUCGACACCAUCGCCAUCGUCACCAUCACCACCAUCAUUCCUCCUCCGUGUCUCGAGAAAGGCGCCAUGACCGUGACAGGCACCGUGAAGACUCCAACGGACAUAGGCAUAAGAGGUCGCGGCGGGAUGACAAUGGCGAGGAACGAGAGAGCAUUCACAAGAGAAGGCAUCGACAGGACAGCAUUCAUGAUCGUGACUUGCCCAAUAUUGAUGCCGAUGACACUUCCACGAAAAAUAUUGAAUCGAGUUUAAAACGAGACUCCUGGAUGGAAGCGCCUUCUUCGCUCGACGUCGAUUACGUCCAGAGACCGAGUAAGCGUCCUGAGGCAGACCCAGAACCAAAAAUGCUAAAAGCCGAUUUCGAUCUCAAAAUACACAAAAAGGAACUUAAUGAACAUCUCAGGGACCUGAGGGAUGGAAAAGUCACCGAGCAAGUAGAAACUGAGCCAGCUCAACAUGAAGUCGAUUAUACAUUCGGCGACGCUGGUUCUCAGUGGAGAAUGACAAAGUUGAGAGCUGUUUACAGGGAGGCUGAAGAGUCGUCAAGGAAAGUGGAAGAGGUUGCCAUUGAAAGAUUUGGAGAUCUACGCUCUUUCGACGAUGCGCGGGAGGAAGAAAUCGAGAUGGACCGCAGAGAGAGAUAUGGAGAAUCAUACGUCGGGAAAAUAAAGCCGAGCGGAGAGCUUUUCCAGGAAAGAAAGCUCGACCAGGGUGUUCACAGAAGCCUUGAGCCACAGAAAUACCAACUCGCCGAAUCUGGCUCUCAGGAACAAGGGAAGUCGCUAGAUACAGUGCAUCCUACCGGGGCAACGCAGCAUCUCGAUGCUACCGCCCUCAACCGUCUUCGCGCUAAGAUGAUGAAAGCAAAACUGAAAGGAUCCUCUGAAGCCGCAGAACUCGAAGAGCAAUAUAACACUGCUGCUGCAUUGAUGGCGAAUCGUAAAGAAGGCGAUGUCGUGGUGUUGGGCGUGAUGGAAAACCGGAUGCUAGCUGGUGGCUCAAGAGCAGAAGUAAAGCCUGUCGACAAUCGUAGAGGUCGCGAACGGGGUCAGGUACAAGAGAACAAUGAUAUGUCGAUUGAGGACAUGGUAAGAGAGGAGCGACGGAAUCGUGGUCAAGCCGGCGGUGAAGCUCUUCGUUUUGCUGAAAGAAUCGCCAAAGAUGCCAAGUUUGAUAACGAUUUGGAAUACAUGGAUGAGAACGCAUCCAAGCUUGCUAAACGAGUCCAGAAAUCUGAGCUCAAUUUGAAAAACACUGCGAUCAAUGAAUUUCAGAAGAUGAACAGAAUCUUGGAUAACUGCCCAUUGUGCCACCACGAAGACACCAAUACUCCCCCGGUGGCGCCUGUUGUCUCUUUAGCCACACGAACGUAUUUGACCUUACCCACGGAGCCCGAACUCAGCGAAGGAAGCGCCACUAUCGUCCCAAUCCAACACCGCACCAACUUGUUGGAAUGUGAUGAUGACGAAUGGGAGGAAAUCCGCAAUUUCAUGAAGAGCCUGACUCGAAUGUAUCACGACCAAGGCCGAGACGUGAUAUUCUACGAAAAUGCAGCACAGCCGGAUCGCAAGCGACAUGCAGCUCUAGAAGUUGUCCCACUUCCUUACAGCCUAGGUGAAACAUCUCCGGCAUUUUUCAGGGAAGCUAUAUUAGCCGCAGAUGCAGAAUGGACCCAGCACAGGAAACUGAUUGAUACUCUUGCCAAGUCUAAGCAAGGAUUAGGUAAACUGGCUUUUCGCCGCACUCUAGUCAAGGAAAUGCCCUAUUUCCACGUUUGGUUUGAACUAGACGGUGGAAUGGGCCAUGUUGUUGAGGAUACUCAUCGAUGGCCACGCGGGGAUCUGUUUGCCAGGGAGACAUUGGGCGGCAUGCUGGAUCUUGCGCCAGAUAUCAUCAAACGGCAGGGCAAAUGGAGCAGGAGUGGUGACCGUCGAGUAGAGCCGUUUAGAAAAAGAUGGCGCAAAUUCGACUGGACUCGUAUACUCACUGAAGGGUAAUUCAUCAGCUCCGCUCUCUAUGAUUUACACAAAACUACACCGACUCUACCUGUAGUGGUAGGCGGAGAGUUGACGAAAACAUGUACAAAUACAUCUAGUGUAAUAUGCGCAUGGAAUUUGCCGUCAUACAACCUACAAACUCUUGAGAUGGAUAUCAAGUAGAUAAUUAGAGUAUAAAUAAUUAUCGCGCCAAUAGAGACAGCCCCUCUAUCUCGGAGAGUUGUCCGUGGUCCCCGCCGAGCCCGCAACUCCUCC